AUGAGCGACAUCAACCGCUCCUUGCAAGUGUCAAAGGGAGAAAACAAGAUGUUUCAUGUCUCUACCAAUGAGUUCACGCUGAGCAAGAGGAAGAAGAGAGACAUUCCCAGUUGUGGGAGUUCCAGCUCCAUGGAUCGUUUGCCAGAUGAGGUUAUUAUAUUUAUUUUGUCCAACUCCAAGAUAGAUGAUGUUGAAGCAGCCCGAAACAAUGCAUACUUGACAAAAGCAUUAACUGAGUGUAUAAUGGAACUACAACAAUGUCGGAAUGUGGUGGAUAAGUUUAUGAUUCGCUGCUUCAAGUCCCAUGGUCAGUAUGAUAAUAAUGUCACGGACGACGCCAUUUGUGACUGGAUCCGUUUUUGCAUUCGGAAGAAAGUCCGAGUUCUUGAACUGGCAGCUUCCCACUGUAUCCCUACAGUAGUAUCUUCGUAUCAUUUUAAAACGCAAAGGGCGGAUCCUUUUUGGGCAGCAGGAGCCUUCUAUUAUUUUCAGAACCCUGAUGAAAUCAAAUUGCCAUUAUAUUGUUACGAUUUCCCUAGUCUAGAGAAGUUCUUGUCAAUUUCCCGGGAGAUGGAUCGGGUGGUUGGAAGCUGCGCUCCUGCUUUUGCUUCCUUAGCAUCCUUGACGCUGGCCAAUUUUAACCUCACCAACGAGAUGAUGGAAUACCUUUUGGCCAAUUGUCAGUGCCUUGAACAACUAUCUUUAAAAGACGUAGCGUACCUAAGUAGAUUAAGAAUUGUUAGCAGUCCAUCUCUAAAGUCUUUGAGCAUAGGCCGCUGUUGGGAUUUGAAAAAUGUGAGGAUUAUUUCUGCUGCCAACCUCGUGUCUUUUGAGUACACGGGACAUCCUCUAUAUCUUUGGCAAGGCACAGAGUUUUGCUUUGAUAAUGUCCCUCUCUUGUCAAAGUUGACAGGAGAUAUUACUUAUUUGGUAUCUUUUAUUGCUGAUAAACACUUGCAUGAAGUUUACUCUAAUCAAAUGGAGAAAAUGGCGCUAUAUUUGCCUCGUCGACAGGUUAGCAUGACCCUUCUUCUGUAA